AAGUAGGUGGGCGUGGCCGGAAGUUGUCAUAGGCUGGGGGUAUAUAAGCGGGGAGCGGGCGGCGCCGCGGCCUUUCGGCGUCGGGCGGCGGGGUGGAAACAUGGGGCGGCGGCCGGCGCGGUGUUACAGGUACUGCAAGAACAAACCCUACCCCAAGUCCCGCUUCUGUCGGGGGGUGCCGGACCCUAAGAUCCGUAUCUUCGACCUGGGCCGGAAAAAAGCCAAAGUGGACGAGUUCCCAUUAUGCGGCCACAUGGUGUCUGAUGAAUACGAACAGCUCAGCUCCGAAGCCCUGGAGGCCGCCCGUAUCUGCGCCAACAAAUACAUGGUGAAGAGCUGCGGGAAGGACGGAUUCCACAUCCGGGUCAGGCUCCACCCCUUCCACGUCAUCCGUAUCAACAAGAUGCUGUCCUGCGCCGGAGCCGACAGGUGA